CAGAAAGUGUUCGGCGCCGGUCACCAGCGUCCCCGCACACGUCACCUUUGAAAGGGCCCUCACCGCAAUAAAAACAUUGACGUACGUAACGGACGGGUGCCGAUUCAGUGGAAAUAAUGCAUUGCGGUUCGUCGUAUAGGGUUGAAGGGCGGGACCGUACAGCAGCCCCCGUAUGAAACCCCCGGCUUGGAAAUGCCCGUGAGCACGGGGCCGCUAGGCGAACCACGCGCCAAGCGCUGCAAACUUUGCGACGAGUCCAGUCACCUCAGCGAUUCUAGCUCUGGGUACUGGCAGCUUCAGCUCGAUCGGGAUUUGGUAGAUACCAUAUCAGCAAUCUACCCGGAGUGGUUUAGGGACAACAUGGCCGAAGGGGGUGGUUCGCCCAACAGCCCACGGGAGUCCCCACCCAAGGCCAUCAUAGACACAUCUCCAAUCAUGAUUGACCAAAACAAAGAAUCCCUCAAGGUGAAAUUGCUCCUGCGACGUCCAUUUGACCAGCUGGUGGCCCAAGGGAUCAUGCCUCCACACAAGACGCCAGCAGCCUAUCACGGCCAACGCCGGCAGUUGGAGCGUGCGAAAACUGGCGACAUGUUAAAGGCGAAAAUCCAACAAAGGCCGCCGCGCCAAGAACUAGAAAGGCGACACAUUCUAGAAAUCGAUCCUAGUCACGUUGAUCCAAGCUUAGCGGAACGGCAGCGCAUGCUAAAGAAAGCGAAGCUAGCCGAUCACCUAAACGAUCAACUCUCACACCGACCCGGUCCUCUAGAGCUCAUCCAGAAGAACAUUCUUCAUACGGAAGAACCGAUUGAAGAAGCAGUAAAAACCGGCAGAAUUCCUUAUAAAGCGACCAGCGAGGGACAACUCCACAGGCCUCAACAUCCCUCGAAUUAUAUUAAUCCCGAAGAGGACUCACAAAGUUCGGAAGGUGAUAAUAGAGUGAGUCCCGGUCCUUCGGAUGUCCUUGAAACAGCUGCUAAGUCAGCCGGAAUUGUAGUGUCUCUAAUACAACCCACGGAAACUGUGGUAGUGACCUCAGCAAGUCCCAUAUUGAAAAAAGACAAUGAAAUUGUGUUCGCGGAUCUGUGUAGAUCAGUGGCUGCGCCAUUAUUAUCACAAGCAUCCGCGUCGAGUCCAGCCUCCUUAGUGUCUUCCACCUCUACUUUAAGUCCCUUAUCUUCAGUAGCAAGUCCAGUGCCUUCGAUUAUGUCGCAACCUGCGACGCCAGCACCUCCACCUCCUCCACCACCCAUGUCUUUGAUUUCCCGUACUAUCCAGUCGCCAGUGAGGAGCGAUUCCUCUGGUAAAGAUAAAAAUAGAAAAAAAUCGAAGAGUAAAUCAGUGCCAAAAACGCGUACUAUAAAGUUUCAUGAAUACAAAGGCCCUCCUAGUGCUCAAAAGAAUUCCAACUCAAGUCAGUCACCAGAAGAGAGCUCCUAUGACCUACUUUUGAAACAGCAAACUCUACUCCUGCAAUUUCAAUUGCAGUUGCAACAUAAGUACCCUCAAAUUAUCUUGCCAGCCUCACAAAAAGCUACUUCUUCAGAAAGUAGUAAUAGCAGUAAUAGUAAUAUUAAUAUUCAGCAACCGUCACCUGCACCUUCAACGUCAUCAGAAUCAUCGGCGCCUUCUAGAAUCACUGGUAGACUGGAAGAUAUGAAAGUUAGCGACUUGAAAGCGGAACUUAAACGUCGAAGUUUGCCCGUUUCUGGAUCCAAACCGCAACUAAUAGAAAGACUCAAACCUUUUACAGGUAUUAACGAUAUUAUUAAUCAAAAUCCCUCAUCCAUAGAUUCAUCUGUUCAUAGUAAUAGUAUGGAUCAGUGUCACAAUUCACCAAUUUACCAAAGCAUAGAUUCACCUCCGGAGUCUAUAAAAGAAGAGAAAUCCGAACAGAUGGAUCUUGACCCUAUGAGUCCAUCGCCUCAAUCUCAACCUAUGCAAGACCAAUUCCAACAAAAAAUCCAAGAGCAGCAACAAAAAACCAACGAAGACAUAGUAAGAGAGCAACAAAGACAAAUAGAAGAACUGCAAAGAGAAUUAACUUUAUCUCAGUUAAAAUUGCAGGCUGCUACUAGAUCUGAACCAAAAGCUCAAAUGCUGGCUCUUCAGAAACACUUGCAAGCCAGACAACAACAGCAGCAACAACGAUUGCUGCAACAGCAGCAGCAAGCUCAACAGCAACAACAACAAGCUCAGCAGCAGCAACAACAACAAGCUCAGCAGCAGCAACAACAAGCUCAACAACAACAACAAGCUCAGCAGCAACAACAACAAGCUCAGCAGCAGCAACAACAACAACAAGCUCAGCAGCAACAACAAGUUCAGCAACAGAACUUUGUGAUACAGAUGAAACAGUUGCAAGCUUUGCAAGCUAGACAAAGUGAAGAAGAACAACAACGGUUGCAACAGCAACAGGCCCAGCAACAGGUUCAACAACAGCAGCAAAUUAAUUUCCAGAAUCAAAAAAAUAUAACCGGUGGUUUGAUAUUAAAUAGUGCAGAGGCAGCUUUAAUGUUCAACCAGUUGAUGCAGGGGAAAGCUAAAGUUUUGAACGGGCAUGCAAGAAGCAAUUCCACUCCAAACUUUUUGAAUUCCAUACCGAUCAUAACUACUCAAGAAAUAAAAACGGAAUACAUAAACGACCAAAAGAUUCCUAAAGAGAUAAAAAUAGAAUUCGUUGAAGAAUUGAAACCGCCUCCGCCACAAUACAGCGAAGCUACUAAGCAAAUGAAUAAGAAGAAUCACAUUAAGAGUCAAAUAGUCGACGAUGUAUUGGAAAUUUUAAUUAAGAACGGUGAAUUGCCGCCUAGCGCUGCAAAUGACCCUUUGACCCCUUCGUCUGCGGGUACCAAAUCGACUGAACCUGUCUACCCGCAGAGUAUACUUCAAAAUCAUCUGGAUGACAGUCAGAACCACAACACAAUGAUUGAUCCAGAUGGCCCAGAGGCUACGUUAGGUAUAGAUCCGUCCGAUUUGCUGGAAACUCUGGACAACAUCGAAGACAUGGACUUCUCCCAGUUAGUGAUGGAACUGGGUGGGUGCCAGAACCAAUCGGACAACAAUAACUUCAACAACGAACAAUCCCCAGACGAAGACAUCGCCAUGGACACGGACGACUGGUUGGAAUCGCUUUUACCGAGCGAGAGCGUCUACAAUGGUAACAAUGGCGCCCCUCUCGCCGCUCAAGAGGCCGAUUUGGGCGGUUACGAUCCUCUGUUGGGCAUCGCUCAAGAUCCUUUCGAUCCUUUCAAUUUGGAGGAGAUCAGGACGCCCGCUGAUCUGACGGCGUCGCUGUCGUGGGAGAAGAUCGACUAUGCGGCGUAGUUGAAAUUGUGUGCUGUGUGCGUGUGAUGAUCGACGUGGUGUUUAGAUGAAAAUGCGUGGCUCCUAUCCAUAAAAUAAAAAAUCCUGCUAAACCGGAAACUUAAUCGAUUUUUCCACGAUCGAUUACCAAUCCGCCUACCGAGAGAGCGAGCGAGCGAGCGAGAGAGAGAAAGCGCACUGCUUUAAUUCCAAUGAUGUGAAAUUCCACUCGGUUACUGAUUGACAUUCCACAUGAUGGCCGCCGAUUUCGCCUUCCGAGGGAGGCGCGGGACCAGGGCGGCCCGAUCGGCCAGGGAACACAUCAACCUUAAUUACAUAAUUUAUUUAUGUUAUAUACUGUAUAUAUUACAUACCUUUACAUAUGUACUAAUUGUCUUUGAAGUUGUACACAACAAGAGGUAAACGAUAUUUUUUUGUUUUCGCUGACAGGGAACAGUACAUUUGACCCUUUCUUUACAGACUGUUAUAAAUGCUACAGUGCUACCAUUUUCAACCUUUUUAAUUCGCCAUUAGGCCUACUGUCGCAUAGUUACGACACAUAGUAUCAUCAUAUAUUAAUAAACAUCAACUCAGUGCAAACUCUAAAGCUUAAUUUAUAACCGCCGUAACGUAACUUAAGAACUUAACGUAAGAAGUUGAAAUAUUGAAUUUACGUAUACUUAUUUAUAAUGUUCGUAACGUAACUUAAGAACUUAACGUUCCGUAGAAAGUUCGCCAACUUUUAACUUAACUUAAGACCUUACGGUUAGCCAAUGAGAUAAUUCUGAGUUCAGCAUGUGAUAACUGUCAAUUAUUCUCUUUUUAUUUUAUUUUUAUAAAUGAAUAGACAAAUACCAUUUGUAAACUAUCAUUCUCCUUUUUGAUGGACAUACAUUAUCAUGAAUGAUUUGUGUUUAUGUUAUUGGGGAUAAACUAUUUAUGAGAUAUGAGUGUUGCUGCAUAUACCUAUAAACAUCAAGUCUAGAACUGAAAUAAGACACAAAACUAGUUUGCUAGGAAAGAUUAAAUUCUCAUUAUUGCUCAAAACAAUCAACAUCUUCGGUAAACUAUUCUGUGUUAUUAUAUUUUUAUAUUAUUGCUUUUAAAGUAGUUAAUAUAUUCUUUCUAUAUAGCAAAAUCAUAAUUUAUAAGUUUUAUUUAGAGGUUAGGUACAUAGUUAAACUUGUUUAUUUCAUAAGGUUGUCAGUAAUUUGAUAAUCUCUGAAAUCAACACGCAUGCUCAACUCUACGUUACGGACAUUUAUAAAUAGACUUUAUUUUUAUAUCUUAGGUUAAGUUUCUACGGCGUUAAGUUACGUUACGGUGGUUAUAAAUUAUACUUUAAACAUAAUCAAACAAACAAAAACGGACUCUUAAACAUAAUCAACAGUCAAAUAUUCUUAAAAAUAUAUACUAAAACUUUAUGACAUGCAGAACCUGUCAAUAAAUUAAAGAUUUUUCUUAAACUACUAUAUCAGUGAAUAUACUCGGCAUUAGACUAGAUACUGCACUACAGGAAGCAGCUGGAGAAUUUAGAGGAUAAAUUGACAUUUAGUUUGAGAGCGAACCAAGGUUUUUGUGGCCCGUUUGACCCAGCUAAUUGCGCAUGUAGAUUCCUUACAACAUUUAGCCCAAACGGCCGACAAAAAUCUAACGAAAUCGACCAAUAGUACGAAGAGUAGUUCAAAAUCGAUCUUCUAAAACUCAACAUCGAAGAAGUAGAAAACCGAAUUAACAUCUUGACACUUUGGUUUCGAAAAGAAAUAAGUAACCUCAACUACAAGUUGUUUGACACUGAACAGAAGAAAAUGUACCUGGACGGGGAUCUUGAAUGGUUGAGAGACUUCACUUGCGGGGUCGGCACUUCCUUGGACAAUAGCCAAAAUGCCCUCCAAGGGGUUUCUAAAGAUCUGGCACAAUUUGGAAAUGAAUUGUGGCUACUUAAAGAAAAUGCAGGACGGAUAGGUAAAGAAUGGAAUGUAAAAAAUUACGCGCUGAAUUGAGACAAAUAAAAUUAAAGAAACAUAUAUUCAUAUAGCAGACUAUUUAGAACUGAAAGAAGAAAAUAUUGCCUUACAAAAACAAGUUUUUGAUGUGACGAGUUCGCAGGUUUAAUUUGAGAGUUUAUAACAUGAAAUAAGCAGGUUGCAAGAGAAAAUUGAUAAAAAUGCAGAGGAACAUAUGGAAGAAGAAGGUUAUUUUAUGAAUUGAAAAAUUAAGAUUUCUUUUUACUUUCAUUAAAAUACUUAUUUUUUGUCUUUUUUAUUAACUAUACUUUAUUAAAAUGCCGCACUAAGGUGUCGAGGUGUUUAAAGGCAUCAGAAAAAUGCCGUAUCAAUAAGGCAAGGGGGCUGAAGAAUGCUAAAAUGUAUGCCAGUGAGAUCUAGAAAUUAUUCAGUGGUGAAAGUAUAUACAGGGUGUUAAAAAAAAGUGUCACAAAAUAAAACGGGGGGUAGUAUGAGCCAAAAUAUGCAGAAAAGUCUUAAUAAACAUAUGUCCGCAAAUGAAUGGUUUCAGAGAUACGGAGUGUUUUGUAUCAUUUUUUGAUUAUCUUUUUUCAUUCUCAAAAACUUGCUUUUCUUAUCGGAGUCUACCGAUGUUUUUUCAUAGAUACUAUUUGCAGUUAUUAUUUAGUUGUGGGUGAAUCAUUUUAUAAAUUUUCGUUAUGCCUGUUUACACUAAUAUUGAAUUAGCUGACAUGCAUUUUAUGUACGGUCGUGCAAAUGGCAAUGCAUUGAAAUGGACGGAGGGCACUUUGAACAUAUCAUUUAACUCUAUGUUGUUAUUGAUUGUUUAUAAAUAUCAUUGUUUUUUUAUAAUAAUAAAAAUUUGUUAUAAACACAAAAUGGUCCGUAUCUCCGAAACCGUUAAUUUGCGGUCAUAUAUUUAUUAAGACUUUUCUGCUUAUUUUGGGUCAUACUAUUCACCAUUUCAUUUUGUGACACUUUUUUUUAACACCCUGUAUACAGCAGUGGGAACAAUGGCAAUGUAGAUUCUGUCUGAUAUAUCCGGCCUUAGUAAAGAAAGGGUUAAUAGUCUUUAGUCAAAUGUCAAAUAAGUCAAAAGUUUAUAUUCAAACGUCAGAUUUGCGUUUAAAUCAUAAUUAUAUAUGUUUGACACUUUUCCAUAGGAAAUUCUGGCUAUUUUUGCAUACCACAGAAAUUAUAGCAAAAUUGUUGAACAUUGACCAAAAAAAUUUCAAAUAUAUAAACGUUAUUAAAUGUACUGUUCUUUUUAAGGAUAUUUUUUUGAAUAAAAUCAAACAAAUUCUCAUCUUGAACCGGUUUUGUUUCAUAAUUAAUACACACCACCGUCUUAAUAAAAAAACACAUUCCAGACUAAUUAUUCACGAGAAUUUUGACAAAAGACUUUUUGUUAUUUCUACACGAUACUAUCCCGUCUUACUUGUCACUUGUCAAAAUGUCAAUAACCGCAUUUUUUUUGUGUAGAAAACAAGAAUAUAUAUUCCAUAAAUUUCAAGUUUAAAAAACUUAAAAUAAGAGAUCGAUGGGUGUAUUGGAAAAAAUUAUUGUUUUAAUUAUUCAAAAUAUUGCCUUACAGUUAUAAACUGAUAAAACUCAACGCUGUCGCCAAAUCAGUUUUAAUGUGACAGUCGUUGGACAUUUUUUAAGAUUAGGUAAAUCCAAUAUCCAUUUAUUGGCAUUGAAACUGUGAUAUGAAUCGAAACUGCUGUAGUUUACCUAAACUCGAGUUUAAACUAGAAUUUAGCCUGUUGGUUAUUAAGUUUUUCUCUUGCUGUGCCAUUAUAUAGGAGACAAUCUGCAUAUACUGGGUGGUCUUUUUAAAAAGUAAACACUUAAAAAAGUUUUUAUCUUAUGGUCUAAGAUCCGAAGUAAGGUCGACCUUCAUCCAUCUGUUUAAUGCAUGAAAGUUUCUUUUUAUUAAAUAAAAUUUGUUUAUAAAUAUACCGCAAAUGGGUUGCUUAAGAAAAUACAGUCAUGACUAUUUAUUUUUUUAAAGUAAAAAAACGACACCGUGUAAAGUAUUCCCCAGAUUCUUCCACUAAGCCCAAAGUUUAAUCAGCCCACCGCAGGAUAUAUUAAAAUUUAAGUUUAAAAUUGGUGUUUUUUCUUCAUCUGUUUUUGAGUUAUAUUCGAAAUUUGCACUUUUCCUCAAAUAUCUCGAAUUAGGUCCAUUUUAAGGAAAUCAUGUGUAUGGACAAAAUAAUAGAGAUUGAUGUCACAAGCAACUUUUAUCAUGAUUCCUAUACUUUCCUUAUCUGUGUACAGAAAGGAAAGUAAAAAAUGGCUGUGACCGUAUUUUCUUAGGCAACCAAUUUGCUGUAUAUUUAAAAACAUAUUUUAUUUAAUAAAAAGAAACUUUCAUCCAUUAAACAGAUGGGUGAAGGUCGACCUUACUUACGAAUCCUGUACUAUUAUUCUUUGCUGGAAUUGUCACAAUUUAGAGGGACAGUAAAGUGACAUCUGUCAAAAAUAUCAAAUUUUUAAAAGAUCUACAAAAUCCAGAGUGUUUAUACUUAAAAAUUCACAACCUGUAUAGAUAUUAGUAGUUGUAAUUAUUUAAUUGUAGAUAUGCUUAGGAUCUAAUUGAUUUGUACAUAUUUUUGCCACUUAAGUCUUGACAAAUUUAACAUAUAUUUUCAACGCCAUGGCGGUUACUUUCGAUGAAAGUGAUGGUCAGUUUAGUUUAGGUAAAUAUGACAAUUAUUAGAAAAUGUUUAGUUAAAUUGUAAUCUAUCUCAGAUUUAGUUAAUUUUGUAAAUAUAUAUAUUUUUUUUUUUUCGUAAGGUUGACAGUUGCAAUUGUGGGUAAGAACCUGUUUGACGUUUUGUACAUUGAACUUGAUGUAAAUUAAAAAGAAAUUGGCAAUAAAACAUAUAUUAAAGUUAUAAAAUGGGUUUUUAGGUUGACGACAGCUGUCUACGGAUGUAUGACAGCUGUCAUGAGUUAAAUUUUGUUAUUUAAACAAAGCUAUAGAGAAGAAAAUUUUAGUAAAUUUGUCUAGAUGCUGAGUGUUGUUACUUAACUACCUGUACAGAUUGUUUUGUGACAAAUUCGCUAUUAUUUGUUAUUCGAAUGUUAGACAUUUAUUUUGUUGACUAUUUCUAUUAUUUUUUGUUCGGCCAUUUGCAGGGCUGAAAAAGGAAUGUCGUGCUUUUAGAUUUGCCUAAAUGUUUUAAGAGAACGAUUGAAAUGCCUUAAUUAUUAUAUAUUGUAUAAUGAUGCAAAAUACGAUUUGCGUACUACUGAACAUUUUCAGUCCAUACUGUUUGGGAUCUUUAUUAUAUUAUUAAUUUUUUUUUGCUAACUGCUACUUUUUAUAUAAACAGUAUGUGAAUGAAAGCGGACUAUAGCCAUAAAAGAAUUAAAGAAUAACAAUUAG